AAAAAGAGAGUUGUUGGCUGUCAAAAUUACUUGUUUGUCAUAAACAGUAAAUUAUUUUAAACAACUGAAAAGGUUUCUUAAUAGCAUAAUUUUUUUGUUAUAAAUUGAAUAACAUUUUUACGAAAACAUGGAAUUUUUGGGAGGUAACACUCAAAAAGAUAAUGUUAGAGCAGCAUGUAAAAAAUGUGGAUACCCUGGGCAUUUAACGUUUCAGUGCCGAAACUAUUUGAAGAUCGGAGCAAACCAGCAGACCGUUGUGACAGAUAAAAGGUCCAGUAGUGAAUCACCGUCGGAGCUGUAUUAUUUGACCCUGCAGGAGCUGAGACGCCAGGAGGAGGCACGCGAGGAGAAAAAGCGAAAGAAGGCUGUCAAAAAGAGAAGAAAAGUUGAAACGCAAGCGUCGAAAAUCGAGUUCGGCUAGUUCCGGCGACGAUAGCGAUUCGUCAGACGAACGCCACCGUAGCCGAAGUAAGAAGCGUCGGAAGGAGAAGAAAAAUAAAUCCAAGAGCAAGAAAAAUACCAUAAAAAGCUCAUUCGAGCAGCGAUAGUGAUUGAACGGGAUGUUUUUUUAAUCCAGGAUUUAAAAUAAAUAGCAAACUUUAACUAAGAUUUUA